CAACAAAGGAGGCGCCUCCUCCUCCUCCUCCUUUUCCUCCUCUUGGCAAUCCCUGCCAUGGCUUCGGACUCGUGUAGAAAACCCAGGCGGAGUUGGCUUUGAGUUAAAGAGUCACACAGAGAUGUGUGAGGAGGAGGAGGAGGAGGAGGAGAAGCAGCGCCUCCGUGUGCGUUUGGCCUCUCAGUCUGGCGAGGGAGAAAAGCGCGGGGCUUUCUUGGCCAGAGGAAUGAGGGAGACACAUCCCUAGCCGGACACCCAUUCCAUGCCAUUGAGACCAAGGCGCUUUCCCUUCGGCUGACAGGAGGCUGGCAGGAGGCGUCGCUUGUUUCCUUCUCCCGUCUGUCUCGCCUCUGCUUCGGAUUGUGCCUCGACCAUGCUCUCAUCCGAGAAGGGUCUGGGAUUCGUCUCCACCGGCUUGUACCUCUGGGCCUCCUUGUUCCUCUCCUUGUGGAAAGUGUCCCAGCAAGGUGAAAACCAAAGGCGACUCUACAGAGAACUACUGAAAAACUAUAAUCGCCUGGAACGGCCUGUUAUGAAUGACUCGCAACCUCUUGUAGUAGAGCUACAGUUGUCAUUACUACAGAUAAUUGAUGUGGAUGAAAAGAAUCAGGUCUUGAUUACAAAUGCUUGGCUACAGAUGUCCUGGAUUGAUGCAUAUUUGUCAUGGGAUCAAUAUGAAUACCCAGGAGUACAGAAUUUAAGAUUCCCAUCGGAUCAGAUUUGGGUACCUGACAUUCUUCUAUACAAUAGUGCAGACGAGAGAUUUGAUGCGACAUUUCACACAAAUGUUUUGGUAAACUACUCGGGAGCUUGUCAGUAUAUACCUCCAGGGAUCUUGAAGAGCACGUGUUACAUUGAUGUCCGCUGGUUUCCUUUCGACGUGCAGAAAUGCGAUUUGAAGUUUGGCUCAUGGACGCAUAAUGGCUGGCUCCUUGAUCUACAGAUGCUUGAAGCUGAUAUUUCUAAUUACAUAUCAAACGGCGAAUGGGAUUUAGUGGGUGUCCCAGGAAAAAGAAAUGAGCUAUACUACGAAUGCUGCAAAGAGCCAUAUCCAGAUGUGACUUACACUGUGACAAUGCGCCGCCGUACCCUCUACUAUGGAUUGAAUCUGCUGAUUCCCUGUGUCCUUAUAUCAGGCUUAGCGUUGCUUGUUUUCUUGCUGCCAGCUGACUCUGGAGAGAAGAUAUCUUUGGGCAUCACCGUUCUGCUGUCCCUGACGGUUUUCAUGUUGCUUGUGGCAGAGAUAAUGCCUGCCACUUCAGAUUCGGUUCCCUUAAUAGCUCAGUAUUUUGCAAGCAUCAUGGUCAUUGUUGGCUUGUCGGUGGUGGUGACAGUCUUGGUUCUUCAGUUUCAUCAUCAUGACCCUCAAGCAGGAAAGAUGCCCCAGUGGGUCCGUGUGGUUUUGCUGAACUGGUGUGCAUGGUUUUUGAGAAUGAAAAAACCCGGCGAGAGCAUAAGGCCCCUUUCUUGCAAAUACAGCCAUUCUAGGCACCAGUCAAGUGUCAGCAGUGUAGAAAUGAACGUUUUACCUGGGCACCAAUCUAGCAAUGGCAAUGUGAUCUACAGCUACCAUGCGAUGGAAAAUCCUUGUUGCCCCCAGAACAGUGACACAGGUAACAAAAACGGGAAGGGUCCUGAAUCUUCUCUUGAAGAUAGUGAAAUUAGUCAAAGAAAAGCUUUAAUGGAUACAAUCCCAGUUAUUGUGAAAAUCCUCGAAGAAGUUCAGUUCAUUGCGGCCCGCUUCCGAAAACAGGACGAAGGGGAAGAAGUCUGCAGCGAGUGGAAAUUUGCAGCUGCUGUCAUAGACAGAUUAUGCCUCGUGGCGUUUUCCCUUUUUGCCAUCAUCUGUACACUUACAAUACUUAUGUCUGCUCCAAAUUUUAUCGAAGCUGUUACAAAAGAUUUUACAUAAGGAUCUCUGAAAUGAACAAAACCAGCUCCAAAAUGUAACUGGAGAUUAUGAACGGAUGCCAUUAAUUUUGAUAAAUGAUAAGAUAUAAAAUGGGAAAGUGUACUUUCUGCACUGAUCUCAAAGGUGGAAAGCAGUUGGAAUAAGUUUCAAUAUCAAAUUGAGUCCCCACUGUUCAAGAUGAUAGGUACAGGAUGAGGUACCUGACUCUGUCACUUGUUUCUUAAACAGUGUCUUCUUCCUGUUCUUGUGGUCAAUAUUUCUGAUAAAUAUUAGAUAAGAAACCAGAUUAUGCCACAUAAACAUUACCUAGUUACUAUUAAACUUUGUCAACUACUAGGGAAACACUAGUGAACAAUUGACUACAUUGGUAAAUCCUUCCUAGAAACAUGUUCUUUGUUAAAUGUGUCAGUUUCAGAAUUUUUGUUUUAAAUAUUUCAUUAACACAUUCAUCUAUGGUAAUGUAUCACUUCCGCCUUGAAGUACAUUGUUAGUUACAGUUUGCCAAAUGAACUGUGCAUUUUAGUUUUUAUUAUCACCGUGAUUGUUUAAAAUACUUCUCCAAUUGGUAAUAAUGUAACAUCCAUGCAACACCCUUUUUCUAAUAUGUUAUAAAAUGUUUCCUGUUGAAUAUUCAUGUUUUUCUAUUACAGGAAUUUCAGCUUCCCUUUUCCCUAACAAGAGUGUUGCAGCUCACAGUGUUACUACUCUUGCCUUCAGAUUGAUUUGUAUAUAGAUACUUAAAGUUCCCUGAAAUGCACUGCUUUAACUGAUACCGAUCCUUUUCCCUUACAAUUCCAUAGCGGUCCCAUACAUGCAUGAAACCAGCACCUGCCUCACUUGCUGGAUGGAGAACCACUCAUUAUAAAUUUAAAACCUAUUUAGAGGAGUAUCUAAACAUGCCCUGAAGCAAGGUUCAGUGUCUUUGCACUUACUGCUUUGAAUUGGAAUAUGUUUUCCCUGGGCUUCUAAUCCAUUUUACUGCAGAUUAAUAUCAUGUUUCAACAACUUCUGCUGUAAUGGGUUAAGAAGAAAUUGUAUAAUCCAUACAGAGGUUGAUAAUCAGGGAGUUCCUUCCCAAUGAAAAGUAGUUACCUAAAAAUAUAAUCUCCCCAUCUUCAAUGAGAAAUAAUGUCUCAGCAUACUGAGAUACCAAUUUGGAGUUUUGAUCAUGACAAAUCCUUAGGUACUGCCAAAAAACCCCAAAACCUUCUGUACAUUGCGUGCAGAAAAAAAUGUUUUAGUAUCAAAAAGGUGUUUGCAUCAAACUAGUUUCUGUCCACAUGAGGGUUUUUCCAAGUUCAAGGUAAAGGGUUCCCCUGACAUUAUAUCUAGCUGUGUCCAACUCUGGGGGGUGGUGCUCAUCUCUAUUUCUAAGCUGAAGAGCUGGUGUUGUCCGUAGACACCUCCACGGUCAUGUGGCCAGCAUGACUGUAUGGAGUGCUGUUACCUUCCCACAGAAGCAGUACCUGUUGAUAUACUCAAACUUGCAUGUUUUUGAACUGAUCAUUUAACAGAAGCUGGGCCUAACAGUGGGAGUUCAACCCAUUCCUGGAUUUGAACUGCCAACCUUUCAGUCAGCAAGGAGCCCCCAGUGGUGCAGUGGGUUAAACCCCUGUGCCGACAGGACUGAAGACCGACAGGUUACAGGUUCAAAUCCGGGGAGAGGCAGAUGAGCUCCCUCUAUCAGCUCCAGCACCUCAUGCGAGGACAUGAGAGAAGCCUCCCACAAGGAUGAUAAAUCAUCCGGGCGUCCCCUGGGCAACGUCCUUGCAGACAGCCAAUUCUCUCACUCCAGAAGCAAUUUGCAGUUUCUCAGGUCACUCCUGACACGACAAAAAGAAAGUCAGCAAGUUCAGCAGCUCAGCGGUUUAACCCACUGUGCCACCAGUGGGUCCCCUCUUUAAGUGUAAAAAACAUUAAAGUGUGUAAAACCCUUAUAAUUUUGGCUAGCAGACAGAAAAAAAUUGGAAUGCUUUCUUACAUACAAGCAUAAAAUACACAAAGCUCUGCAUCCCUAAUGAUAGGCCACACUUACUGACUAAGCAAUUUUCUCAGUAUCAUCUUCCUGAAUUAGGGCUACACAUGUCCUUAUAUAUAAUAAUAAACUUACCCUAAAUCACAACUUAUAUCAAUUAUCCCUUCCAAAAGAAAAUGUUACAUAUGUAUCAAUGUAUGUGAAGUAAAGGAGUAAUAUUGUAGAAUGUACAUUUUUUCAACUCUCUUGCAAGGUGCCAAGUCAUACUGAUGAUAGAAUUUCUUACAUAAAAACCCUAUAAAUACUA